CUGAUAGAAUUAAGAAGAAAACUACAAUGAAAUUUGUAGGCCAAUAAGGGAACCACCUGCAAUUAUUUAUUCUUCACAUUACCUUCCACCUCUACCCCUCUCUAGUUUAUAUAAACAUGAUCAUCAUUACACUUCUUGCAACAAGCUGAGAGCUAGGUAUCACCAAUCAAACCAAGACCUCAUUGAUCACUAAGAUGACUGGAACUGGUUCUCCAUGCGGUGCUUGUAAAUUCUUGAGAAGGAAAUGUGCAAGGGGCUGUGUUUUUGCACCUUAUUUCUGUCAUGAUCAAGGAGCUUCUCACUUCUCAGCCAUUCACAAAAUCUUUGGGGCAAGCAAUGUGUCCAAGCUCCUUGCUCAUCUUCCACUCAGCGAGCGUGGUGAAGCUGCUGUUACUAUCUCUUAUGAAGCCCAGGCUAGAGUUCAAGACCCCAUUUAUGGCUGUGUUUCCCAUAUUUUCGCGCUCCAGCAACAGGUUGUGAAUUUACAAACACAACUAUCAGCAUUGAAAGAGCAAGCAGCCCAGAAUUUCGCCAAUGGCUCUGGAACAAGCUUCACUAGUGCAAACCCUAACGAUCACAUGUCAUCUUCUUCAUCCUACGGGACAAUUCCUUGUAAUUACAGUACACAAGAUGCUCAGAGAUGGAGUCAUUCUGAAACGGCAAGCAUGAUGCCUCAGUUUGAUGAUCUGAACAUAAGUGUGAAAAAUGACUGCUGUGAUGAAAAUGCUUAUAACAUCAAUUCGGAGUCUUCAACAAACUAUCAUCUGCAGGAAGCAAAUAUAUCAUUCCCUAGUUUCGAAGGGGUUUCUAGCUAUUCCAUGGAUCCCAUCUAUGCUGAUCAUAUGCAAACAAACAAUCAACAGUGGUCGUUUCGAGAAGACGUUGAUGAUCUUCAGUCUGUGGCCUUCGGAUAUGUUCAGUAUUAGUGUUCUUGAGGAAACUAUUGUUGUUUGAGCUGCUUGCACUGCGAGGCCGCGCAACUAUAUUAAUAUUAAUAAUAAUAAUAUAUAUAGUGAAAAAUUGUUAAA